AUGCACAAGGAUCUCUUCUAUCCCCUGCCCUGCGUUUGGAAUUUGCAGUUAAAUGAUGCUGCAAAUGGGUCCGCCUGUCUGCAUUCACGCAGCUUGGCGGGACUGCGGUUGGCUGAACGGCCGAAUGCCAAACUUCUGCACAUGAAUCGGCAAGACAAAUUUGAGUACAGGGACGAUGACCAUCUGACGCCUGCUGACGUACCAGCGACGGAGAUGACUGGUAGGUGCAAGGGAGAAUUUCGAUCUUGUGACAUCAACACGGAUGCUUGCAUUCUGUGCAAACUGGAAGAUUUAAGUGCAGCAUCCUUGAGAAAUGGUUUUGAGCGUUUAAGCGCAAACCUAUGGCCCAGCGUAGUAAUGCAAGUUUUCUGAUGUGGUCAUGAGGAUAAACCAUUACAAACCUCACCUGUAUGAAUUUUUGCGAUAAAUAUAGUCUUUCAUAUAGGCACAAUGAUAUUAUAGACAAAGACAAGGGAGACUGAAUGGCCAUUUCUGGCUUACUAGUCGCCGUCCGCCAAUCAUACUCAACCCCGAAGCGUGGAACACCUGGGGCUCGAACUCGCGACCUGUUAGCUAGAAGUCCAAUGCCUCUAACCAUUGGGCCGUAUAGUUUUAUGGGAAAUUGUGAAAUAAAACCCGAUGAAAAGGUUCCUAAUGAUAUUUGAUUAGCGUUUACUCUGCAUUUCAGUCGACGAUCGCCUGCAGUGGUACCUGGUCGAAAGAAAGAAGGUGACCCUUCUGAACGGGUACAAUUUUGUGGAUACGACAGCCCAACUUUCACGCGGAGAGCUCGAACAGGUACCGUAUGUUUGGCAAAUAGACAUCUUUAUCAGCGUAGCGUUGUGCACAUUUCUAGCAAUAAAUUAAUUGAAGAUGACUCCAUGGGGAUCUCCGAGCAAAUAACUGGCCGACGGAAUAACUUAGAUUUAUCAUAUAUUAGAACGUAAUCGGUAUGCGUCGAACCCCCAGCGGCAGACUGUAAAUUCUUGAUUUGCGUUCGAAUGGAAUGCAGUAUAUGUUAAAAUCUGCGAAACAGGUUAACAAGAGACCUGAAAUCAAAUACAUCUUCGCAGAGAACAGGCUUACCUGUUCUUAAUGUUUUUUUGCGCACACCGUUUAUGCCCUAAUUUUCUGAAACAUGUCCUUUGGUUUUCAAGGGAACAAGAUUUUGAGGCACCGAAAUUUGCCUUCCGUCAAACUCAACUGGGUACAUAUUAACAGGUCCUAGCUUGAACUCAACUAACACUGGCGCAACUCCUAACUCACCUAAGCCUAAAUCUAACAGUAAAAUUAUCCUUAACCUUAACUCCAAUCAACCCUGGGAAUUAACGCAGCACCACGUGGUUCCACAUUCCCCCUGCUCUGCCCAUAAGUCUACUUAGAGCGCAAGCUUUCAGCGGAUUCUUUAUGUCCGUGCGAUACUAAGCUUUCUCAUAACGGUAUUACUCAAAAACAGUUUACAGUGGUGUUGUGUGUUGUGGAAGGAAUGAGGACAAAGUUAAGGACUCCACGCGUACAGCACAUCAGCGCAUUCCAUUUGGCAAUAUAUGUGAAUUGCCUGGAGGACCGGAAACCGACGGGAUAACGCGCCUCCUCUUAUUCUGUACUUUAUGACGUGCGCGCGUGUGAGAGAGAGAGAGGGCUAAGCUUACAGUAAGUGACCGAUCUCAUGACACUGACAUGCCUGCUCUAGCAACAGUUAAAAGAGCCUUGGAACGUGCAGGUUUGGCUGUGUAAUUUCACUAUCAUUUUGGCGCACUGGUUGUAUUACACCGCUUAUUUAAGGUUUCAUUAGAAAGAAUGGUGUCCACUAGUGAGAAGUUACUAUUCGUACAACGUUGCUCGUUUAGUAGAGCGUGUUUUUCUGUUUCUCAAUUACGUCCUUGUAGAUAACUCCAUUCAACUCUUAAGAUAGUGAGUAAUUAGUAGGUCUGUUCAUGGCCAAUUACUUUAUUCGACUGACCGUAUGAACCAUAACUAAUAAAACUGUUCGAUGCUGUAGCAAGGAGGUUUGGCAUCAUCGGAUGGAUUCUAGGACGCGUAAAUUUUCAUUCUUGCUCUUUAAGUUUUUAGCCGAAUAAUAAUAUGAUAGGCUUAAAGCGCUAGGUCGAUAACUGCCCGACCAAAAAUGUACUAGUUCAUAGGGGGUUCAUCAUGUUCAGAAAAACUCACCUUAUGUUGUGAUAUGUAUGUAAUAUAAUAGUGUAGCUGACUUUCGCAGUAUAAGUACAUUUAGGAAACUGGCGAAGUUUGAGGAGUUUAUAAAGGUUAACUCUGGAUUUCCCCAAGGAGUUCGUGUUUGGUCCUCUGUGCAUUAAGAAACAGGGGACACUUCUAUGUAUCUCUGUACAGCAAGAGGAUAAUUAGUUAUCGAAUCUCCAAAUCUCAUAUUCUUGAACAUUAUGUUAUUAUGUCAAAAAAUGAUUACAUCCACGGUUGCCGGUGUAGAUUCGUAGCUCAGGUAGCUAAAACGUUCGCUCCACUCAAGCCUUCCACUUUCUGUCGUGGAUUCGAAUCCCACUGAGUCACGAUGUACAGUGCGUGACCGAUCUCAUGAACUGUCGACUGAAAUUCUGAAAUGCGUUUUCGAUUAGGAAGAAUUACCUUGUCACGGUCGUAAUACUGAUUAUCCUGCGACAUAAUCCUCUAAUAUUUCGGACUCGGCAGAAUGUUGGUUUUAAAAUACAUUGCUUUUCAAACUCCUAUAGAAUCUGUACUUAGUAAAAAAUGGCUACCUAAGUAGCAUACAUUUUUCCCCUUGAUUUUCGAUGAUCUUGCAAUUUCAAAUAUAUUUUAUAGAAACCCCAAACAAAAAUAUGCUUUAUUUCAGUCUUUCGAUAGAGAAGCACGUCAUCUUUAUAUUUAAUAUUCGAAGAAUGAAUCUAAUUAGGUAUUAAAAUAGUCUUUAAUUUUGCAAUGUUUUAAGACCACGCAACGUCUAUUCGUAUAACAUCGUAACUGCCCGUUUACCACUGCUCCUCAUGAAAUAUUCAACAUAGUCCGCUUCCACUGCAAAUUUUGUGGACUCGAUAUAUUUUUAACGGCAUAGAAGAAUAUGUGAAUUUCUUCACGCGGAGCGCAUGCAUCUUGUAGUCUAAAAUCGCUUAACGCUAAUGCAGCGUCUGACCAGGUUCCAAAUUAUUCAGGAACAAAAAAACCUUUAAAAACCUGAUAGAAUAAAACGAUGAUAUGACUCUCUAUCAAACGAAUGAAAUGGAGCAUAUUUUUGUUCGUGAUUUCUAUAAAAUAUAUUUGAAGUCGCGAGACCAUUGAAAAUCAAUGUCAAAGAUGCAUGCUACAUAAGUAGGCACUUUUUACCAAAGACGGAUUAUACAAGAGGUUGAAAAGCAAUGUAUUCAAAAGCUGACAUCCCACCAAGUCCGAAAUAUUAUAGGAUUAUGUCGCACAAUAAUCAGUAUUGCGACUGAGACCAGGUAACCCUUCCAAAUCGAAAACGGAUUUCAGAAUUUCAACCAACAUUACAUGAGAUCGGUCACUCACUUUAUGUAGGGGACCCCUUGCAUUAGAGGGUAAGUGUCUCAUCUAUUACACGCAGAGCCCCGUCUCCAGUAAACCUGCAAAUAUCUUCCGUGUCACUUUCUUCACUCGAAGCACAGGACUGACUACCUCAUUGGAAAUAAAGGAGUGUGCAAAAUGUCCACGUAUAUCUGAGGCAAUGAGACAGGCUCUGCAUAGUUUAAGAACAAAUUCUACAGGAAUUUUAAAAGCAAUGUAUUUAAAAGUCGACCUCCUGCCGAGUCCGAAAUAUGAUAGGAUUAUGUCGCAAGAUAAUCAAUAUCGCAACCGCGAACAGGUAAUCUUUCCUAAUCGAAAACGCAUUUCAGAAUUUCAGUCGACAUUUCAUGAAAUCGGUCACGCAAUGUACAUCGUGACUCAGGGGGUUCGAAUCCACGACAGAAAGGGAAGGCUUGAGUGGAGCGAACGUUUUAGCUACCUGAGCUACGAAUCUACACCGGGAGCCGUGGAUGUAAUCACAUUUUGACAAAAUAACAUAAUGUUUAAGAAUAUGAGAUUAGGAGAUUCGAUAACUACUUAUCCUCUCGCUGUACGGAGAUACAUAGUAUCAUUAAAAAUCUGCCAAAUUACCUACUUAUCGUGCAGAAACUGUUGAGCUCCAAGUAUACUGGUAGAAACUGAGUUAUCGCUGUCAAAUGACCAUCUGACUUAAUGAGCAAGAAAAGUGUGCUGUUAAGACCCUUGUAUUAUGCCACCGCAGGCGUCGCUGAAAUGCGGUGGCCAGUGAUCUAAAUGAAUAAGUCAAAGGAAGAGCAUCUCCCAGUCAGGGAAUCUGGCAAGCGCACGACCCCGUCAUAAAUUUCUGCCGGGGCUGAAGAAACCAUACACGAGCCUACCGUCCUAGGCAACGUCCAGUCAUCUAUGUCAUGAUGUCUAAUCUUUAUUUUCUGUCCCUAUCUUGUGAAUGAUUUUCAGAACACCUUGGCUUUGCUUGUGUUGAUUUGUGGACAUAAAUACAGAUUUUAGUACUUAAACGUUAUCAUAAUUCGCUUUCCUAUGAGCAGAACUGAAGAUCUGCUAGGAACUUAAUUCAGAUUGGCUAUAGUGAAUAUAGCUUGAGGUGUUUCUCCUCCAAAUGACAUUUUCUUCUCUGCGCUUCCAAUAUUCCUUUAGGUUUUUCAGCAAAUUCACAGCAAUGCUAAAUUUCCUACCGGUCUGCCUUUCUGUACUGAAAAUAUGGACAUUCAGGAAUUUUGCGUCAAGGUAGUACCAACGUCGCAUGUCCCAAGAAUGCACGCGUAUUUUGUUGACCGAUCAGAGAACCAAGAAAUGCAAACGCGAGUGGGGACCUCCCUUGUCGUUCUCGCUAACCUCGAUAGGUAAGCUGUUGGCGGAACGCCUUGAAUUGUUUUGCUCAGUCUUCUCCAUACGCACCUCUAGAUGCGUAAAUAAAUAAAUAAAUAUAUGUAUGUAUUUGGUAGAGUAGCGCUUUUCCCGCUGUAUUGCGAGCCUCUCCAUCAUUGUCAAUAUACCGUACCGCAGCCAACAGGACAACGCGUCCAAAUGAUUAGGGAGUUGGUCUCUGAUCAAUCGAAUGCGGGUUUGAGCUUACCAGGCUGCCUAGCCUGGGAUUGGGAAUGGCUGACCGAUCACGCCUUAUUGGCCAGAAAUGGCCAUUCCAGUCUCACUUCGGCUGUAAUGUUAUAAACAUAUACAAUGUUAGAGAGUGCCCAGCGAUAGCGUUAUGAACACCCUCGUCCCGGUGUGCCUUGAGGCUUAAUCUCGAUCCCCAAGAGCAGUCUCACAUCGGUUAAUGAUAUGGGACAAAGACAAGGGAGACUGGAAUGGCAAUUUCGGUCUCAUUAGCCAUCGUCAGCCAGUCAUACCCAAUUACCAAGUUUGGAACACCUAGGGCUCGAACUCGGGACCUGUUAGUUAGUAGUUUAACGCCUCUAACCAGUGGGCCACGGGCCCGUUGUCCUGUCGGUUUCGAUCGGGAAUCUACAGUGGUAGGGGGUGCUUACCGCUGUGCGGUUGCUGGUUGAGCUCGAGAGAGAGAGCCCGUAAGGCACAAUGGAACUAGUGACUUCCGUAAGAACGGUCGGUGAACGCCCCCCUACCAUAGGUAUUUAUAUAUACAGUGCGUGACCUAUCUCAUGAAAGGUUGGCUGAAAUUCUGAAAUGCGUUUUCGUUUAGGAAGGAUUACUUGGUCGCGGCUGUGAUACUGAUUAUCUUAAGGCAUACUCUUAUAACAUUUUGGACUCGGCAGGAUGUCAGCUUUUAAAUGCACUUCUUUUCAAUCUCCUGUAGAAAGCGUGCUUGGUAAAAAAUAACUACUUAUGUAGCAUGCGUUUUUCCCAUUGAUUUUUGAUGGUCUUGGAAAUUCAAAUAUAUUUUAUAGAAACCACAAACAAAAUGUGCUUUCUUUUAGUCAAUCAAUAGACAAUCACGUCCUCUUCAUAUUCUAUACUUAAAGAAGGAGUAUAAUUAGGUUUUAAAAAGUUUUCUAAUUUCUGAAAAAUUUGGAGCCUGAUCAUUCGUUGAAUUAGCGUUUAGUGAUUACACUCCACAAGGUGCAUGCGUUCCGCGGAAAGAAAAUCCCAUAUUUUUCUAUGUAAUUAAAUAGAUAUCAUACAGGAUCCAUUAAAUUUUGCAAUGAAUGCGGACCAUGUUGUACAUUUCAUGAGGAGCAGUGGUAAACGGCCAGGUACGAUGCUAUGUGAAUGGACAUAUCGCGGUCUUAAAAAGUCUCAUAAUUAGAAAACUUUUUUAAAACCUAAUUAUACUCCUUCCUUAAGUAUAAAAUAUAAAGAAGACGUGGUCCUCUAUUGAUUGACUAAAAGAAAGCAUAUUUUUGUUUGUGGUUUCUAUAAAAUAUAUUUGAAUUUCCAAGACCACCGAAAAUCAAUGGGAAAAAUGCAUGCGACUUAAGUAGUCAUUUUUUCUCGAGCACGCUUUCUACAGGAGAUUAAAAAGAAGUGCAUUUAAAAGUCGACAUCCUGCAGAGUCCGGAAUGUUAUAAGAGUGUGCAUUAAGAUAAUCCGUAUCACACCCGCGACCAAGUAAUCCUUCCUAAUCGAAAACGCAUUUCAGAAUUUCAGCCAACAUUUCAUGAGAUAGGUCACGCACUGUAUGUAUCGCGUUCACAGUCCACUAAAAAGCCGAAAAAAGGAGAAAUGACUUCAUGAACUACAAUGUGUUUGUCCCGACUUUUUGGAAACUCCCUAGUUUCCAUCAUCAGUGUGGGAGGUUUCUGUCCAGCUGGUCUGAAUUCGUUCAGCCUAGCCAUCUGUCCUAUAUUGUAGUCAUGUCUGAGUCACGAACUGUGAUUUAUCUGCUCCUUGGGGAUUGCUUUUGGCGUCUCUAUGGCAGGUCGUUAACGUUCAUGCGUAAAAUCUGUCUCCUGCGUGGCUAUCGCGUAUGCUGCUACAUCGAUUUGCCCUUGGGCCCUCCCAUCAUAAACGGAACCGAAUCCCUAAAGAUGUAAUUUGUUACCAAAGGUGUAUAUCAAAGAACGUUCUUGUGCAUGUUUUAUACGAGAUGCACUUAGAUUUAUAAAAACAGCGAAAACCAACGGGAUACACUCACUAAUAAAGUAGUCCUUUCUACUGACUGUAAUUUAAUUCGGUCGACCGAAAAGAAUUGCAUUCGCAAUUACGGUGUGACUGCAAUUUCUUCUGAUUAUGCUGCACGACAAUUACAAUUACAAAACUCCUCAGGUAAGCCUAACAAAGUGACAAUAUAUAUUUGAGAAUCUCAGUCAACUUUUUACGAGACGACACAUCUACCGCAUACAUUCCGUCCAGUAUUCCUUCGAAAAAUACGAGAUAUCGUGAACCACAGAGUAUUUUCGCUGACGUUUCGGAAACCUCCUCGUUUCCAUCAUCAGACUGGUGAGGUGUCUGUUUCUGUUAUUCUAGAGUUGUUCUGUCUUGCCGGCCGUCUCGUAUUAUAGGCAUGCCUAACACAUGAACUCUGAACUGUUGUAUAUGGUGAUAUGUCAAUGAAACUCAGUCUUUGCGGUUGACCGCAACCUGGUGUUCAUGCAGUCUUGUGCAGAGUUAUUUGCCAGCUUCCUCGGCGGCAAUUUUAGAAUGGUAUGAUGCAGACCCCUGUUAACUGUUUCGUUACCAGUAGCGGGUCUUUGGGCCACCCCAAUCCUAAAAGGGUUUAGGAUUCUAGCUGUGAACUCUGAAAAAUCAUUCACGUAGGAGAUCCCGAGCCAAAACUUUGACUUCUCACAGUUAGAUCACUCAAGGGUAUGCUUUCGUCGACACUCACGUAUGAAGGAUCGCGAGUGACCAUUGACUGCGAAUGAAGAACGUAGGCAUCUUACUUCCUCCUUUUUCCAGUCGUCGUUGUGUUUGAACUCGUUGUAUGAGAGUUCUGACACAAGUGCGCCUGUGACCAAUAGAGUGGUUAUUUUUUUAGCCGCCUUACGGUAUACCGUGGUUCCUACACACACACUAGCCGUCCUUAAAAUCUUUACAUCAAGAAAUGCCAACUGGUCGUUGUUUUUCUCCACCAUUGUUAAUUGGAUGUGCGGAAAUAUUGAGCUCAAUAAGACCUUGAAGUCCCGAACGUCGUUCCUCUUGAUUACGACAAAUGUGCUGUCGACAUUCUGGCCGAGAAUUUCAGGAAAUACUAACGGGGGACCAGUCGCUCGAGUCCCUGCAGAACCGCUUCGGCAAUCAACCCAGACAAGGGCGAGCCCAUAGGCGUUUCCUUCUUCCACUCGUAAACCCGGUCGUUGAAAGUGUCGAAGGUUCUGAGGCACAGUUUUAGGAGGUCAGUAACGUGCACUCGUUCACAUUCUUGGUCAACAUCAUCAUACCUAUCCUAGAGAAAUUCGUCAAUAGUGCUGGAAGCGAGAUCGACUGGUAUGAAAGUGAAUAAAGAGACCAGGUCAAACUAUACCACCGUCACGUCUGACUGUAUUUCUGGAUGUCUGAUGCUCGCCCGAAACUGUUCAUUCGACUGCACUGUUCGCUCAGGGUCCUCAAUGAGGAAGCAAAACCGUUGGUGAAUCGAAUUCGACAGCCCAAUAAUCAAGGUGACGCGUAAGGUGACUAUGACGCGAAAGAGCACUCCCAGUUUAUGCAUGUUUGGCAGAUCAUAGAAGCGCGCCAUUGCGGAAUAUGUGGCUUUUGAGAGUCAUUGACACCUUUUUCCCCUAUUGACGAACUUCUCCGGGAAAGGUGUGAUGAAGCUGACGAAGAAUUUAAACACGUGCACGUCAAUGAACUCUUAAAGCUGUGUCUCAGAACCUUCUCCACCUUCGAAAACCGGCUUUAAGGGGGAAAAAAGACAACAUCGAUGAUUGUAUGCUCGGCCACCUGCGUCCAGUGUAAUCCCACAGUUUCUCCAGCAUAUUUGCUCUGCCCACCCCUGCCUGGGUGGUUGCCGAAACGGUGUCGCAGACGCUGCAGCGACUGAUUCUGCGUUCGUAAUUCCAAAAGUACGUCGACGACAGAUUUGUCGCAAUUAAGAGUGACGACGUUCAGGAUCUCAAGGCCUUGUAAAACUCAAUCUUUCCCGAUAUCUGAUUUCAAAUGAAAAGGGGAAAAUAAUAACCGGUUGACCUUCCUUAAUAAAGAUGUCACAAGAAUGACAGAUGGGAAGAUAAGAACUACGGUGUACCGUACGGCAACAAACAUUAAAAGAUAGAAGCGAUUAGGCGAGUUUCAGAUUUCCGACAGAACCAUACAUCUGAGCUUCAGGACGCAUCCCCCAGUUCGGGGGCAACCACCCAAUCGGUCACAAACCCAGGAAGCAGUCUAGUAGAAAAAAUGUGAUCACUGGAAUGAGGAGUUUAUUGGCCUGACGUUUCGGAUACUCACUCGAGCCCAUCAUCAGAGACGGUCUCCAGUGAUGAAUUCGAGGAAGAAUCCAAAAUGUCAGGCCAAAAGAUGUUUUGUUUCAGUGAUCGCAUCUUCGUCUUCUGAAGCCCAGUUUUGUUAGAAAUCCCUUCCAGCGAGUUAUAACACACUGUGGUAAGAAGAAAUGGAAAUAGCUGCAUUCCAUAUUCAUAUCUAACGGUUAUUGACAUUUCGUGAUGCGUAAGUGCUUAAAAAGGCCUACUUAUGAACGACUUAACUGUGAGAAGACGAAGUUUUGGCUGUCUAACGUCUACAUAGGGAAGGUUUCGGAGGCGAAAUCAAGGAGACUAAACCCCUUUGAAAUUGUGGCGGCUUUUACAGCGUAAUCCGCUAUCAGAUAGCACAUAAUGAGACCGACAUAUCGCUACCGACAAUGAAAUAGAGAACAGUGGCCUACGGUGCGCCGUUCCGAAAUUGCAGUGCGAGGUACAGUGCGUGACUGAUCUCAUGAAAUGUUGGCUGAAAUUCCGAUAUGCGUUUUCGAUUAGCAAAGAGUACUUAGGUGGGAUUGUAAUAUUGCUCAUUAUGCGACGUAAUCCUAUAGUAUUUCGGACUUUCCAGGAUGUCGGCUGUUGAAUUCUUUUCGACCUUCUGCAUAAACCAUGCUCGGUAGAAAAUGACUACUUAGGAAGCAUGUCUUUUUCACAUUGAUUUCCAAUGGUACUAUAUAUUCAAAUAUAUUUUAUAGAAAAUAUGCACAUAAAUAUGCUUUCUUUAUUCUUUUGGUAGAAAAUCACAUUAUCUUCACGAUUUAUACUCGACAAAAACGUAUAUUUGGGUUUUGGAAAAGUUUCUCAAUUCGCCAUUAAUUUUGAGUCAGAUAAACCGUUGCAUUAGGGUUUAGCGAUUCCAGUCUACAAGGGUCAUGUUAUCCGUGUAAGGAAAAUCAUAUAUCACCAAGUGCCUCUAAAAGAAUACCAUGUAGAGUUUACUGAAAUAUUGUAAUGGAUGCUGACUUUGUUGUACGUUUCACGAGGAUCACUGGUAAACGGGCAUGUGCGAUGGUGUGUGUAUGAACCGCACGGUCUUAAAAGUUUUGUUAUUAGGAACUUUAUGAAAACCAAAAGAUACCAUUUCUUCGAGUACUAAACGUGAAAAUAAUGCAAUUUUCUACCAAAGGAAUAAAAGAAAGCAUAUUUUUCAUAUUUCUGUGUAUGUUUUCUAUAAAAUAUAUUUGAAUUUGUACAAGCAUCGAAAAUCAGUGUGGAAGAUGCAUUUUACCUAAGUAAUUAUUUUUACCGAGCACGGUUUUUUGCGAGAGGUCAGAAAGAAGUGCAUUUAAAAACCGACAUCCUGGCGAGUCCGAAAUACUAUAUGAUUACGUCUUAUAAUGAGCAACGUUACAAUCCCACCUAAGUAAUCCUUCCUAAUCGAAAACGCAUUUCAAAAUUUCAGCCGACAUUUCAUGAGACCGGUCACGUACUGUAUGUUUCUGAAACUGGGAAACGACUCUGCGCAAAAUAGCAUGCCCCCUGAUUUCAAUCAGUCGCGAUGAUAGACAGGCAUCGAUAUAUGGCCAUAUACAAAGGCCAGGGCACAGUUUCGCCUUUGCGGAAGCGGUGAGUCAUUGGCCGAGCCAAUGAAAAGAUAGCCAGUUUGGUACUCAAAAGUUAGUCCUUAUUUGACACAAGUAACCGAGCUAUUGAUCGGCAUCUGAUCUACCGGGCGCCACAUACAAAACUGAAUCCUGUCCAGGGGGGAGCGACAACACACACGAGCAAAUCGCCCCUCAGAAGAAGAAGAAGAAUAUGCGACCACCGGAACAAGAAGUUUAUUGGCCUGACGUCUCGGAUUCUUACUCGAACCCAUCAUCAGAUACAGGGUUAUGGAGGCACAAAGACUUCAGUAUUUACAGUACGUAGACGUCAUGGGACCACAUGGUUACUAUAAUUAACAGCUCUCGCGACCACCGGUAUGGGUUAUAACACGUCGGUGCGCGUCCGAAUUUUUAAUUGCCGCAGUUUCAGCAUCCGUGUUGGAUGUUGACGUGAUUAUUACUCGGUUAUUUUGCCCACUGCCGAUUGUUCCUCGUAGCGCCCUUCCCAAGUGACUGAUUCCCCCGUUCAGGGAAAUUUUCAGCACUGAAUACGGGACUGGGAGGUCACUGCGCUUGUUGAUGAAUUGCGGACCGAAGAACCAUGACUCGAGCAGCUCGCGGCUCACAUGAUUGACAUCUCUUGCGAGAAUUUCAGCCACAUUGAUGCCAUUGUGUAAUUCAAAAUAGAUUUGGAAAUCCCAUUGCAAAUAGCACAGUAUAUGCUAACUACUCGAUUACAGUGGAGGUAUUUUUUGAUGUUCUUACGGUUAUUGUAGAUGCCAUCAAAUUCUCCAAGAAAUACCUUAGUAGUUACGGUUGAACAAAUCAGAAAACACAGUUUAGAAGUAAUUUGAUAGCGAUUGUCAAGUUCAAUAAAAAUGCCCUGCAGAGUCCUGUCAGCUAAAGCAGGAUAAUGCAUGAACGAAACUGGGAAGCACUGUUUUUAUGUGCGGCAAGAACUAUCAAUCAAAAAUCACCUUCACUGUAAGUGGCUACAGAAUUUACAAGGAAACUGACAGCUGUCAUUUAAUUUACCUCGAAAAUACUGGCCGCACAAGGUGGACCUUUGACAUUGACUUAUUUAUCGGCAGUGGACACAUCCUGUGAAGACUUUUAUUUCCUCACAAUUUUUACUAUCAGUCUCCCUGGGCUGAGAGAAAUAUCAAAACUCUGGAGGGGUCCAAUCAGCGUCGCCAUCUGCGCCUCCGACAGACAGGCCUUCCGUCUGCCUCUUCUGUUGAGUUGGUCAACCCGACUUUCCGAGAGGAGAGACAUCAUAUUUCACACUGUCUAUGCCUAUGAAGUAGGUCCACAUUGAACUGUCACAUUUGAUUUUUGAGGUAUCGAUACCUGAAGGUCUCAGUUGGGUACUUAAUUGUUCAAAUACUUACUCAUUUGCCGCUUCCUUAAUUAAAAAGUAGAUACAACAUCCACUGGAUUAACACAUGGAUGGCAUUCACGGUAACCUGUCUCAGCCCCUAAUCCGGUAUCAGUCAUUAUGAAUGAGCCUUCCGGUAGCGGUAAUCCACGUCACGUUUACCAGUUAAAAUUGGGCUUUAAAAUGGGACUGGCUUUUGCAUGCGAACUUAGAAAUUUGAGGCAUUUUUCCCCGAUAGGAGGUAUAUGCAUGCGUGCAAACCAGAAUUUAUUAGUGCCAACAAAUUGCGCGCCUAUAUACGACGGACGAAAGCAGACCCACGGUUGGUGACCUAUCUCAUGAAACCUGAUAACGGCAACUGAUGCGAGAAUUUCUGAACGUCUUUAGCGUUGUACAUUUUGCUUGGUCAUUCAUUUCCUUCAAUGAAAUGUCCUUUUCUAGUGCAUAAAUUGUGUUUACGUAAUUAUAUCUAGCAAAAUAUUAAUAGAUUCUGGCGAAAUGGAUGCUGAAAUAUAUUCGUGGAAUUUCCUAUGCUAUUACAUGGUCUAGAUUCUGUUUAAGCAUCUGAGCGACUUUUUCAUUGAAAAAAGUAAUUUCCCGCGAAUUUUAAUAGACGGAUUUUGCCGGACUUGAAAAUUUAUUCUAUGUCCGAUGCUAGCCGUGGAAAACAACUUGUUCAAAGGUUAUUUUAAAAAAACCGGAUGCCUUAUCAAUUCUUAAAAGUCAUAUUAGCAGAUAUGUGCGAUUUGGUGCCUAAAGUGCAGUAAUAACGCAGACAGGGAUUCCCUUGUUUAAAUGGGCUGAAAUUGGAAAAUUCCACCUUAUGUCACAUAGUUGACUACCACCGAAUGAUCAUUUCCAGUUUUGAACAUACGAAACAUUACUUGUCAUGUAAUUUGGCUUUUGUACAUAAGUAGUUUAGAAAUGGAACGAGAAAAACAUUAAUAUUUUCGACAAAAUAUUAGUAUUUAUAUGGGCGCUCUGCCAGGCAUUCAAAAUCGAACAACGGAGUCUAAAAGCUAGCAAAAACAGUACAAAUGACAGCAGUGUAUAAUAAAGAUAUGAUCUUACGUUUACGGUUGAGACGUAUUGGCAUUGUUUAGAAAAGUGAAAGAAACGACCAAAAGAGACAAAUUUUUUCUUGGCCUCACCGUACAAAAAUUCAAAAUACACAGAGAUCUAUCAACUAAAGCAUUUCUUAAAUAGGUAAAUUCUUAAGAAAAGUUUUCUUAUUGAUCAAAGGCAUAUUUGUUACUGACUUUUGUUUUGGACGACCAUUUUUUCGAAAAUGAAGUUUGAUGUUUGAGUGAGUUUUCCCAUGCGACCCAAACGACCUUCGUGAACAUGAGCGCUCAGACACUCGCAAAUUCAGUAAAUGCCUUGAAAAAUUAUCUUAUUGAAAGGAUUUUAACAGAUGAAUAAUUCAGAAUCUGUUUUUACGAACGAUCGGACGAAAACACUGAAAAUCAUGAAGUGUUCAACAAUAUUGUAAGACCGAUUUGAAACUCGGUGUAAUCCACAAUGAACGAAAAAUGUAAAUUAAUUUGACGGAAGAAAAGUUCUUUCUGAAAACACAAAACGAUAUGUUUACGAUCACGCCUGUCAGUUCUAUUUAAAUUUCUUAGAGACUGGCCUCAGAACAGGACACCCUAUGAAAACGUUUGUUCCUACGACGUCCCCAUCAGUGAAAUCAAGCCAAAUCCCGUUUCUCUUGUUGGACCGCAUUUCAUUCAACUCAACCAAGUUAAGAAUAUCGCGAAUCCUUGAAAAAUUGUUUUUGAGUCUAUACUCUGAAUGUAGGCUAUUGGCAAAACGCCAUAUAUGAAAUCACACUACUUUGCAAAGGAAAUUUGGGUGUAAAUUUCCCUGAAACAUUGUUAUUUAACGUUAUUUUAUUCGCAUUUUCAUAUUUGCUAAGUUUAUUUUAUAAGAAUACAUUCUUUACGUAUAAAAAUGGAGUUUAGUAAAUUAGAGCCAUUACUGAAGUUUUCGGGAUAUUGCGAUGUUCUAAAAAAUAUGCAUUUCUAAACAGCGCAACAUUGCCUUUAAUAUUUCUUUUAUGUUUUUAAUUCUUUAAAACUUGUGCUUAAUUAACAUAGAUAUUGUACUUAUGAAAUGAUGUCGGUUUGCGAGUGAUUGGCAGUCUUUCGUAAAUUUCGACACCUUUCAUGAGUUGGGUCACGCACUGUAUGUGAACAGCUGUAACAUGUGAGCAGUCUAUAUUUGUCGUGGUAAUCUCCAGCUCCUUCACUUUCACAAUUUCCCCUGUCCUUUUUGCUUUUCAUUGUUUUCCCACUAUCCUUGCCAUAUUGUGUUUAAGUUACUAAUUUUAUUAAUUAGCCUGCAUUACCCUCCACCCUGACCUUGCUGUCAUGCAUUGAUUUUUUGCACGAAUUCAAACUGCUGUAUUCUUCUUACUAGUUGUUUAUGUUACGAAGCGACAGGAUGCAGUUAAUGAGCCGUCGCGCAAUUUGCUGGUACCAAUGAAUUCUGCUUUGCACGCCUGUUUCAACUGAGAGCAAAGCACUCCAGGGAGUUAUUUUAAUAAAUAUUCAGAACCGUAGAUACUACAGCAGCAAACACUAAAGGGAGCUUGUAACUGCUCACAUCUCGUUCAUGUCUACAUUGUUCCACGCCCAAAGGACGUCUCUUCUCAGGUCUACGUGGUACCUGCGUGCAUGAGCAUUUUUCAUCCGUCACAAUACAUGAAGUCGAUCUAGUACUUCUUCCAGUAGAUUGAAGCAUAUUUAACUGCGGCGCUGUGUUCAAGGCGCAGCGUUCUGUGUUCGGGGCGGACAAAAAUAACCUCUCGUAUUUGUAAGCACACAAAAAUUGCUUUCUAAUCUGAGUCGACACAGAGAAGCCUUACAGGUUGUCUACGGGGCACCAGCAACCUACUCAGAAUGCCUUCGUCAAAGGAUGCUACCAACAGCCGAGACAGUAGCUAUUUAGCAAGCGAACCCAGAUGUAUACAGGCUGAAGGCGUUUGAACAUGCUGUCUGUCUACCCAGGCCAAGUCCUGGUGUUGAUCGCAUACCGCCCCAAUCCCCUACUGUCAGUUAUUCGUGUCUCGCGAGCUUGACAUGCAGGCAUCGUUCAGACACUACCCCCUCCCCACGACCACAAAUCGUCGGCUUCCUCGCCCGGACGUCGUGGGAACGAGAAGUGUAAUUAGCCCGUCUAGACACAUCUAAACCCCGUCCAUGGUUCACAUAUUCAUUGUCCAUGUUAUUGCAUCGGCGGCCUGUUAACGAAUUACCGAAAACAUAUGUAUGCCAAUGGGCUCCACGAAGGCAGACUACUUCAGUGGUUGUCUUGAGAACCAAUAAGCCAAAAUUGUAUAUAUUAGGCACUCUACGUGAAAUGGCUUAUUGAGAAUUUCUACACCACUUAACUGAAUCCUUGAUUUUUAUAUUCAAACUAGACUUAACUAGGGUAUAUCUAGUUGUUCACCAUGAUGAGGGACUGAAAGAAUGGUCAUUUAUGAUAUUACCUCGUAGUUGUACCUGUUGGGGUUAGGGGUUUUGUCCAGGGGUUGGGGGUUGGUGUUAGUGGUUACGGAUUGGGGUUAGGGUGAGAGUUAGGGGUUAGGCUGGGGCUUCUCUACUGCAGAUACGGCUUCGAAAUAAGAUCCGACUGAAGGUCACCUCCCCAUUCCUUCGAAUGAGACGCUGACGCGUCCGUUUCCUGUAUUUAGGCGUAUUUGGCCACAAUGUAAGCUUAUCCACCAAAGCUAUAAAUUGAAGGAAAGGGCCCAUCAACCUCAUAAGUAGAGAAAUGUUUUACAAUUACAUACACACGUUUGUGAGCGCUCAGUUAGUUGCAGCACGCAGUUGACGUCAAGCGACAUGGAUGGGCGCAGGAAUGUUGCGAAAAAAGUCGUUCUCACAUGUUUCACCAAGCACAUUUAGGCCUUACCCCAGCGCGAGCGUUCGUUACUUUGAGAACUUCACUCUCUCUCUCUCUGCACAGGACACAUGCCCCGCCUCUUUUGCGCACAAUGUUGCCGUCGCGUUUUCGCUAACAAGCCACGUGCUCAUUCUGAAAGAUAGAGCUCACAGUAAUGACCAAGGACUGCUUCCUGCCAUCGGAAAUUUCGUGAGUUCGAGUAAAACUGUCAGUGUGAUAGAAGCCUUCGUCUUAUUGCAUAAUUUUCAUUACUGAUGAGGUCUGCACUCACGCGUUCUCCACGUCUUCUUUUAUGCAGGUCCCACUUGACAAAAUGCAGACGUAAGUCUCGAAAUUGAUUCUUACAUUACUUUUAGAGUGGGUCAAGAAAAACCUACGGCAUUCGUUUUCGUUGUUAACGAACUCAGCAAGAAGAAUACGAACGGCAGUUUGGAGGAAAAUGGACGUUCCAUUCCUCACUGUCAAUCCAAAGACAAUUCCUGUAAGGUUAGCUCCAGUAAACGCCCUUCAAUUAUGCGACUGUACAAUAGGUGGGCUAACUUGUGAAAUGCCAAUCGAAAUUCCGAGAUGCGUCUUCGUUUCGACAAGAUUACGUACGAAGUGUCGUAGAAUUGAUCAUUUUGUAGCAUGAUUUUAUAAUAAUUCGGUUACCUCAGAAUGUCGGUUUUGGAAAAACUUCUUUUCUGCUGCAUGCGAAAACUGCACUGUGUAUAAAUGACUACUUAAAUAACAUGAGUUUUCGAUGCCCUUAAAAUUACAAUUACAUUUCACAGAAAACAUGCAUAGGAAAGUACGUCUUAUUCCAACACUAAAAUCAAACGAAGUAUAAAAUUCCGUUUUCAAGAAUUUUUCCAAUUCCCGACUAAUUUUGAAUCCGUCCAGCCGUUACAUUUGCAUCCAGGGUUUCUAAACUACAACUUACCAUUUCACGGUAUUAAUAAUCUCACAAUUAGAAACUUUUUAAAGCCAAAAUAUACCCUUUCCUCGAGUAUAAAAUUGAAAGAACACGUACAUGUCUACCGAAUGAACCGAAGAGUGCUAUUUUUACGCAUGUUUACCAUGAAAUAAAAUUGGGUUUUUAGGGCAUCGAAAAUUAAUGAGAAAAUACAUGCCACUUACGUAGACGUUUUUCUACGGAUUUCUGUAUGCAGCCAACAGGAAGUUUGUUUGAAAGCUGGCAUCCUGAAGUACCUGAAUUAUUAUCGAAUUAUGCUGCACGAUCAUUAGUUUUAUAACCCUACAUAAUUAAUAUUUUCGAAACGAAAACUUAGUUCAUGGGUUACUCCACGUUAUCCUGUUAAUUUUUUCCAAUAGACUGCAUGCGGCAAGUAAUUUCAAUUGAGCUGCCGUAAGCUUCAUUUAAGGCUCUCAGUUCGUUAAUCUUUCCCCUUUUCUGAUUUUCUGCACCUAGGUCCAAUUGCUGAAACGUGCGUCUGCUGUUCUUUUGCCCACCGAAACUGCUCUAGUCCCUCCAGAGGCUGCUGCUGAUGGCAUCUUCGAAUUACUGGUUUGGAACCUUCUCGGAUCAGACCCAGAUGCCUAUACCGUGGUGACACUUUCGACUACUUCCGCUGGUGAUGCUCGUGGGCACGUCUGA